AUGAGGCUCACUAGUCGUGUGGUCUUCCAGUUUUUCAUGUCGCUACUUGUGGCCACUAGCAUCCUCUCUUUGAAACAAUCCAGGGGAUUCCUCUCACAGGUUCCAUUAACUAUUUCCGACUCUAGUAGUCAAGUGGAUGAGCAUUUCCGUGAUGACAGCCGCAACAAGACUCUGGUGAUUAUUACUGGCACCCUCAGAGGAGGAGAAAAAACAUGGAAUACCUUGUAUGAGAAUGUGCUGGAUUUAAACCAAGCAGACUUGGCCCUUCUACUCGGAGCCAAACCAGAGAAAGAAAAAAAUAGUAGUCUCUAUCAGCGAGCAAAGUAUCUUUGGGAAUUCCCUGAGUACAGUGAUUGGACCGAUGCACUGAAUUUGAUUACCAAUAAUGAUACAAAAUGGCAUGUACUUCUUAGGCAUGCAUUCGAGGUUGAACAGGGGACUGUAGGAGGUGGCUUUUAUGGAGGAUGCAAAGGACACCCCGGAAGCGGAGCCAUCAUCUUCUGGAUCAGAUGGUACCUUUCCAACAUAAUAAAGGAGCAUUCACUUCACUUAAAAUACGAUCGCUUCGUGCUUACCCGCUCCGAUCACUACUACUUGUGCGAACAUGACUUAUCAGAACUCGACCCAAAUGAAGUCUGGUUACCAAGCGGAGAGGCCUGGUGGGGUUUCACUGACAGGCACGUGGUGGCACCUGCCCACAAAUUCCUGGAUGUCCUCAAUAUCUUGCCACCAGUGCUCCAGAAUCCAAACUACUACUUGCAUUAUCGCAAAUAUAAUCCUUUGGUCAGAAAGCACAACUUUGUAGACUAUCCAUCGGCUGUAAACCCAGAAAUGAUCAUCAAGAUGCGAUGGGCCGAAGAUGGAAUCAUACCACAGUACUUUGGUCGCACGAUGUUUACCUGUGGAGUCAAGGGUGAUGGAACAAGGUGGCGAGGAAUGUCAGGACUAAGGCUAGAAGAAGGAGUUUAUUUGAAAUAUGAAGACGAAUACAAAGAGGCGCAUCAUACGUGCUUUGACCGGAAUUUGACAAAAGCUUUGGCAAGGCAUGGCGGGGAUCCCAUAGUUUGA